AGCACCGUCUCUCACAACUCCAGCGCAACCUCAACAACUUAUCACCAUGACGACCGUGCGUACAGCGCAGCACGCACAUGACGUCAUCACUCCCCGCCUCUUCCCGUUCUCUGUCCAGUAAACAGCAGCCCAAUGACAUAGCCGACGCGAUAACGGAUAACGGAGUGACGCAGCGCACGUUAGCACCGCCCAUGUUUUUAGCACGUAGCCAAUCAAUUGGCCGUAGCGGGAGACAGCUGACCUGUAGACCCGCCCCCUUUCCGCUCUGCCAACCAAUCAGCAGGCAGGUCGCUGCGCCCGGUCACACCCCUUCCCGGUGAGGGAGGCCAAUGAGCGGCGGCGGGGCGCUGAGCGGUCAUGGUGUACGCGCUGCUGCUGGCCGCCCUGGCCGGCUGUGUCCUGACCUUUGUGCUGCAGCUGCUGUUCUUGUACCGCCGGCCGCCCGCUCCCCCUCCGCCGCCUCCGCCCUCCACCCCGGGCCGCUCGGUGCAGCCGGACGCCUCGCUGCGGGACUACCUGCUGGGGACGGCGGCGGGGCCCCCGGAGAGCUGUCACUUCCUGAACGCCAUCUUUCUGUUCCUGUUCCGGGAGCUCCGGGACACGGCGGUGGUGCGGCGCUGGCUGCUGCGGAAGAUCCGGGUGGAGCUGGAGGAGCUGCUGCUGUCCCGUACGGCCGGGCGGCUGCUGGAGGGGCUGAGCCUGCGGGAGCUGAACCUGGGGGAGGCCGUGCCGGUGCUCCGGGGGAUCCGCCUGGUGCCGCCCGCUGCUGACUCCCGGGACGAGGACCCGCUGCCCCCGGAGCUGAGCUUCGAGCUGGAGGCGGAGUACGGCGGCGGGCUGCGGCUGGCGGUGGACGUGGAGCUGCUGUUCGGGAAGACGGCGUCUCUGUCGGUGCGGCUGGGCCGGGUACAGGGCCGCCUCCGCCUCAUGUUCUCCCGCCUGCCCUUCACUCACUGGGCCUUCUGCUUCCUGGACGAACCGCUCAUAGACUUCCAGGUGCACAGCCAGUUCGAGGGCCGCCCCAUGCCUCAGCUCACCUCCAUCAUCGUCACCCAGCUGAAGAGGGUGAUCAAGAGGAAGCACACCCUGCCCAACUACAAGAUCAGGUACAAGCCGUUCUUCCCGAUGCAGGUGGUGCCACCGGCGGAGGACAUGGAGGAUCGGCCGCUGUCGCUGCAGGACCUGGGCCUGACCGAGGGGCGUCUGAAGGUGUCUGUGAUGGACUGCAGCAGGCUCCUGAUCUUUGGCUCCUAUGACCAGGAAACCUUCAUUCACUGCACCCUGGAGAUCAGCAGUGCCCCCUGGAAGGAGAAGACCAGGACCUCCAUCAAGACGGUGGAGUUAAUUAAAGGGACGUCGCAAAACAUCGGGCUGGUGAUGGUGCAGGCCAGAGAUGGGGACACCGGACACGUCUGCGUGGAGACAGUCACUCCGAAUUCUCCAGCUGCCGGUGCUGAUCUAAGGAAAGGCGACCGGCUGAUAGCCAUAGGAGGUGUUAAGGUGACUUCAUCGGUUCAAGCCUCAAAGCUGAUCAAACAAGCCGGAGACAGAGUGCUGCUUUUCUACGAGAGGCCAGCGGGUCAGAAUCAGGGUGCUGGGGGUCCACCUGAAAAUGUGGGGUCACUUGAUGAUCCUGUUUUCCCUCAGACAUUUGAUGAGGAUUCGGCAAGUCUGAUUGUGGAUCCAGAGAACAGGGAGUUGGACUCCGAGUUUGAAGACUUGGCCUGUGAAGUGAAGCCUCCCGGGGAGAGUAAGGAUGACAUUUUCUUGCCUGUUACUCAAAGCCCUAAGCGCAUUGUGGGAAACCUUUCCACUAAAUCCUUGGGAUCCAUUUCUCCUAUCCUAAGUCGAAAGCCAAAUCCAGCAAGUUCUCAAGUAGCAUCGAAGGUUCAGACCAAAGCUGGGAAAACAAAUGCCACGGAGAACCAAGAACCUACUCAGCUAAGCAGGACAUCAUCAGGGUCUGGAAACAAGCCUCCUGUGCCCCCAAGACCUCAAGUUAAACUUACCUUAACUACCUGUGAAAGUCCGAAUACUGUAGACUUAAGUGAGACCUCUGUAGAAAAGUUAGACAAGACUGUUCCACCCUCUAUGAACGGUGAGAAGAUCUCGGAGAAGCCUCCAAAAACGAUAGAUCUGGUGGAAGAACUUAUGUCUCAGAAACCCAGUUCAGUAAAACCGGAGCCUGCAAAAGACAAGCUAUCUGAAGGUUCUGGCAGUUUGAAAGAGAUGGCUGAAGACCAACAAGUGUGGGAGUCUCCAGACACACACUACAAGGGUCGCCAAGGCCGCUGGACAAGGGCUUCUUGUGUAUUCGAUGUAGAAAGCCACCACAGAUACUUGAAUGUAGCCCUCUGGUGCAGGGACUCUUAUAAGACUGGUAGUCUCUGCUGCGUUGGACACGUCAGUAUCAAACUGGAAGAUAUUUCCUUAGAAUGCCUUUCCAUGUCCUCUCUGGAGUAUCUAAGCAGUUACAAGCUGAAUGCUCCUGAACCUAAAGCGUCUGUAAGUAGAACGGCACUUAGGAGCUUGAGCACACACAAAGGCUUCAAUGAGAAGUUCUGUUAUGGGGACAUCACCAUAAGCUUCAAAUAUCUGAUGGAUGGAGAGUCUGAGAACUCAAGUAUCUUACAAGAGAAGGAGAAAGAUGGCAGUUUCCCGGAGGACCUGGGCAUACUUCAGAAAGAAGAGGCUCCUGUGGCCCCCGUGACUUUCUGUGAAUCAAAGCAUAAUUUUCAAGACACUCAGUUCCAAAAUUCCACUUUAUGCGACCAUUGUAAGAGAAAGGUCUGGACUAAGGCCGCUUCCCAGUGCAUGGUCUGUGGUUAUGUCUGCCAUAAAAAAUGUCAAGAGAAAUGUCUAGCGGAGAACCCAUACUGCGUCUCCUUGGACAGAAGAGUAGAUCUGGAGUCCAAAUCUCUCGGGAACAGAACUACGGGCAUCACGCGACACAUUAUCAACACCAGUUCUCGUCUACUGAACUUACGACAAGCCCAAAAAACGAGGCCAUCCGAGCAAGGCGUGAUUGAUCUGGUGGAACCCUCGCCAAAGCAAACACCGAACACUUCAGACAAUGAGAGCAGUGAUACAGAGACGGGUGGGGCCAGCAGCCCUUCUAAACGGCCAGGGGGCAGCUCUGGUAAACUGGUCCGUAAGGAGGGAGGCUUGGAUGACAGCGUGUUUAUUGCGGUCAAAGAAAUUGGCCGUGAUCUGUACAGAGGUUUACCGACUGACGAGAGGAUUCAGAAGCUGGAGUUCAUGCUGGAUAAGCUCCAGAACGAAAUAGAUCAGGAGCUGGAACAUAACAAUUCUCUGGUGAAAGAAGAACGAGAGACAACAGACGGCAGAAGGAAGGUCCUAAUAACGGCAGCACUGGCCAAGUCCGGGGAGAGGCUGCAGGCGCUCACGCUUCUCGUCAUCCACUACCGAGCAGGAAUUGAGGAUAUCGAGUCGCUGGAGAACUCUUCUCUGGCUCAACCAAGAAAGAUGCCAAGAUAUGAGGAGGAGUCUAUUGCCGUGUCAGAAACUGCCGAUAAUGAGGACGACGAGGUGACCCUAGAGGACAAGGAAACAUUGAAUGACCCCUCAGAAGAGAACCCUCCCGACUCCCCUGAGAUAGAAUGAAGGACUCUCGACAAGUGUAACUCAUCGCCACUCACUAUGUGACCAUAACAAUUGAUUUGCACUUAACAUGUAUCUUAUGCAUCAGUCUGGAGCCACCGUUUGUUCGACUGUAUUAUCUGAAAUAGUUGUUUGCCGACUGUAAGGGGCUGGUGGUUCCAGGGGGGAGUAGGUGGCUUAGCGCGUUCCUCUCCAUACUCCCACAGAGUAGGUACAGCACAGGCCGAAUGUACGUUAAACCACAGUGGAGCUUUUACUUUUCCUAUGUUGUAGUGGCCAUUUUGUAUGGAUGAAUGUUUUGUUUAAUUUUUUAUUUUAUUUGGGGAGGACAGGGGUGUGGGGCAUUAUACACUUUGUACAAUUAACCCUUUGCUGGCAGAGGAGAAUAUAAUCUUAAAGGCUUCAAUGGAGGUGAUCUGGGAAUAAUGUUGCAGAAUGUUCUUCUCUGUAUGUGACAAACCAAAGACAAGUCAGUUGUGUAAAACUCGAGCGGCUUCAUCGGGGGAGGGGGAAGGUUGUAGUUUUCAAAUAUGCGACUAACAAGUUGUGCUCCCUUUUGAAUAUUAAAAUGUAAGAGGCAUAGGAUAUUAAAGGCAUAGGAUAUAAAAUAUAGGGUGUUUAGAGGGUGGCUGUUUCCACCCUAACCGUAAGUUGCCAUAGAUUGGCCGUAUUGUUUCCCAGAUUCUGAAUGUUGCCUGUUGCAGUUUAGCCCUGCCGUGUGCCUCUAGAAGCUCCUCCUUGUCCACAACAUUAACCCCAUACAGCAAAGCUUUUUGUAAAGUGAAGUUUUUCACACUGAGGGACCAAGACACACUCAAUAGUGUUUUCUGUGUCUGGACAUCUUAGGCUGCCAAAUAGGACAUUUGUGAGGGUUUUUUUUCAGCUUUUUUUUAUUUUAAACAUUUUCCACUAUUUUGAUGGAUACAAUGACUUUAGACAUUGCCUGGUCUUGUUUUGUGGCCAGUAACAAACACAGUGGGGGGAAUUUAUCACACAUUUAAAAAAAAAAAUUUGUGGUGUAUUGGGAAAAAAAAAAGGCCUAGAUUUUGCCCAACAUUGGUUUUGCGACUUUUGACACUUGUCCUAAAGUGAUUUUUGCCAAACUUGAGCGAUUUUGCCCUUUUGACUUUGUAAUGGUUGUGAAUGUAUCAAGGGUGGCUUUUUUCCAAAUGUCACAAUCCAAUACCAGCAAUUGUCUCACUUACGAAACUUGCUUACAACAAGCAAAAAUCCCACGUGUGUGCAUGUGCACCAAAUUUACUACACAAGGUGCAAGUACUCAUCUUGAGUUUGGUAAGUUUAGCUUUAAAAACAGUUGUAGCUAAACACUCGAUAAAUCUCCCCCAGUGUGUUCACUGGCUCUGCUCGCACAUGUGUGAAAGAUACGAUGAUACAGGUAAUGUUACAGAUGUGGUGGCGAGGUCCACAUGCUGGCAAAGGCUAUCUUUUGGAUUGACCCGUGUGUUGGUUACAGAGUGCUUUUCAAGAUGAGGGAAGGGGGAAAGGGAACACUUUGAUCAUAUAAGAUAUUAAGUUAUGUUCAGUAAUUGGGGGUAGACGGAUUAGUGUAGAAUUGGUGCCAGUCAUUCUGGUUUAGUGGAUGGACUUUUCAUAGUUCACAGCCAUCAGUGAAAGCCACACUAAACAAGCACCUGAUGUGUAGGUGUAUGGCUCCUUGGAUUGGUCAGUGAACACACAACCGGACAGUCUGCAUCGGAGUCUUCCUUGCCUAGGGGAACUCUCUAAACCUCCUAAGCAUGAGCGCUAUAGAUAACAGGAGCUUGGAAGGGAUUCUUAGUGUAAGUCCAGCAUUGGUGUUCUGCAAAGAUGGGUGCGGAGGGAUGCCGAGGCAAUCAUAUGACAUCCAGCAAGUUCCGGGAUGUUCUCUCAUGGCACACUAGGAUGAGGGGGGUGGUCCACUCUUAAUACACUUGUAUGAGGGGGUGGUUGGGUGGCCCCCUCUCAGUACACUAGUAUGAGUGGUGGUGGGAUGUUCUCUCAUGGCACACUAGGAUGAGGGGGGUGCGUGAAACUCACUGGGCGCUAUACGAUUGCCCCGGCUUCUCUACUGCCCGGCAUGAGUUGCAGAACAGGCAGGAGAAUAAUGCUGGACAUACAAGGUUCCCAUACACAACAAAGUUAAUCAAAAGCACCUGAUUUAACCAAAAUGAUCGUUCAUUAAGGGGAAGUGAUGGCUCGAGUGACUGUCCUUGUCUUAGGAAUAAGGCGCGUAUUGUUGAAAUUCUUGGCCAGUAGUCAAACAGAAGAUCUUUCGAGAGAGAAAAUGUUCUCAGAAUAAUCCUAGAAAGAUCGUUCAUCCUUCAUCUGGUGUCGGUGUGGACACUCCUAAUGAAUAAUAUGGACUAAAGCGAUUACGACCUUGUCUACCACAUGACAAUUGUCCAACCAAUGUGUCUGGGAACUGUUUUUUUUUUUAUAGAUUUUACGAGCGGCAACAUGCUUGUUGUCCUCUCAGUAUCUGCACUUUAAUGUCAUGGUUUGACACAUUCAUUCCACUCUCCCAGACCACUAGGUUUUGUAUAUUAAAGGGACCCAACACUUCCUAUUUUAGUUUUAAGUACAAAGAAUAGACCUUAUCCUUCACCUACUUUUCUAUGAAUGUUGUUUUAGUUUAUUUUAAAAGCUUGUUGUGUAGAAUGCAAUGGUUUCCUCACUUUGAAAAAGUGGUUGUGGGUUGGUGAGACUAGGAUGAGGGGGUGGCCCCCUCUCAGUACACUAGUAUGAGUGGUGGUGGGAUGUUCUCUCAUGGCACACUAGGAUGAGGGGGGUGGUCCUCUCUUAAUACACUUGUAUGAGGGGGUGGUUGGGUGGUCCCCUCUCAGUACACUAGUAUUAGUGGUGGUGGGAUGUUCUCUCAUGGCACACUAGGAUGAGGGGGUUGUCCACUCUUAAUACACUUGUAUGAGGGGGUGGCUGGGUAGCCCCCUUUCGGUACACUAGUAUGAGGGAUGGUGGGAUGUUCUCUCAUGUCACACUAGGAUGAGGGGGAUGUGGGGUAGUCUAUUCUUGAUACACUUGUAUGAGGGGGUGGUUCCCUUUCGAUACACUAGUAUGAGGGUUGAUGUGGCCAGUACACCCAGGGUUAUUUGAAGAGUAGAAAGGAAACUUCCACUGAAGGAUGUUGUCAGAUGCUCUUCAUCUGGUUUACCUUAGACUUGGGCGAUCUUUAUUUCUACUUAUACUAAAGUGGUGCUCUAGAUCCAUACACCGGGUGUUCAUGUAUGUGACGGCCGGCACUUUAAUAGAAGAACAUGGAAGAAUUUGAACUGUGUGGCCGUUAUAAUCGCCAUCCGGUUCUGUUGGGGGGGGGGGGGGUACAAAAAUAAGCCGCACCACAGCCCUAUCGAAAUGAUUUUAUCAUUGAGCUCCAGAUGUUGCUACUUUAAAGUUUUACCAUUUAAAGCUGGAUGAUCGGACCCACAUAAAGACACAGCUCACACAGAUUCCGCUUUGGUUGUUUUUAAUAUUAUUUCUAAAUCUAAUUUUCUACCAAGAAUAAAAACCUAUGCACAGUAACUACAACUUGUCACUUUAAGGAGAAUGGCCUUGGACUCCACAGCAGUUGGGCAUUGAUGACUGGGGGUGAGCAUGGCCAUGUGGGGCAGAGUAGACGUGACCAAGCACGUGAUGUGACACUUUAUUUGCACUGUAGCAGUUUAUGCUUUUUACAUAUCGGAGCAACAUGGUGCGGCUGCAUAUACUGCUGAGUGGCUUAGGCUCUCAUGUAAUGAUAUCCAGUCUGAGGAGCGGCCUCCAUGUUUGUGAGAGCCAGUGACGAGUUCUAGAACAUGGCAGAUCACUGUGAGUUGUGUGACAACGAAGGUCACGUUGGAAACUAUUAUGGUGGGUUUUUAAGCAGUUGACCUUUCAUUAACCCC